AUGGCUGAUUUCCAAUCUCUCCCCGACGAUCUCAUCGUCGACAGCAUCCUGUCCAAGAUCAGGGACGCCAAGGCGCUGCUGCGCUGCUCGGCCGUGUCGCGGGAUUGGCGGCGCUGGACGGCGCGCGUCCCGGCGCUGCAUUUCGAUUUCCCCAAGUCGUGGAAGCAGGAUUGCGUGGUGAGGUCGCUCGACGCCGAGAAGAUCGUCUGGGCGGCCAUCUCCAGGGUCCAGGGCGGCGGCAUCGGCGAGCUAUCGCUGCGAUUCUCCCCCACGGAGCCAUCGCUCGUGUGUCUGUGCGAGAAUGCCGUGCAGCUAUGGAUCCAGCACGUUAGCGCCAGCGUCCGCGAGCUCAAGCUCAGCAACAAGGGCUGCGCCUUCUCGGAUCUCCUCCCUUCUCUCUCGGGAUGCCCCAGGCUCUCCUCCCUCUCGCUCGAGUUUGGAUACUUCGAUGGAAUCCCCCAGGGCUGCCGCUUCCCGGAGCUCAGGACAUGCCGCUUCGCCAAUGUGAUCUUCCACGGCGACGAUCUGGAGAGAUUCGUGGCGUGCUGCCCGGCGCUGGAGGAGCUGACGAUCGACGAGUGCUUCUCCACGCAGAUCCCAGUCGUGACGCUGCGCAGCAGGUCCAUCCGGGCGCUCGUCGUCGCCGACACGCGAUUCAAUCGCCUGGCGCUGGAGACCGAGAAUCUGCGAGAGGUGUCGAUCGCUCCUCCAAAGAGCUUUCCUGUGGAUUUCCUCGGAAAUCGUCCAGAAAUCGCGAGCUGUGCCAAUGCCGACAAUUAG